CUCAGCCAAGCUGCGUUGUAGAAGUCUGGGAGGGGGAGCGUUGAAGGCAGUGCAGACAUGUACGGGGGUAAUUCACUCAAAUCCCAUUUAUGAUGGCCACAACCUCUUGCUUUGCUGACAGGGUCAGUUCUAAGGUCGCUGUCUUGAAGCUUUUCAAAUCUUUACACAGGACAAGGCAACAAGUUUUCAAAAAUGACCUCAGAGCUCUAGAAGCUGCAAGACUUAAGAUAAAUGAAGAAUUCAAAAAUAAUAAAGAUGAGACAUCUUCUGAAAGAAUAGCUGAGCUUAUGAAAAUAGGUUCAGAUGUAGAAGUUAUUCUCCGAACGUCUGUCCUUCAGGGUGUUCAUACAGACACCAACCAAGUGUUGCUCAUACCAAGGAAAGAGCUGCUGCUGGACAAUGUUCCUUUCUGUGACACCCCAAAGCAAAAGUCAUGAAUUUGAGGAAUGGAGUUUUAUGUUGAUUCUUACUGUCAUAUUAUGAUAUAUUUCCUGUAAUAUCACUCUUGACAAAAUCCUUAAAACCAAUUGCUUCUUGUAUUUGUUUUCACUAAAUGCAAAAAAUACUGACGGUUAUUGAUGGAAAUAAGAAAUCAAUUCAGUCUGA